AUGAUGGGCCCAGGAACAGAAAAGAAAGACCAGAAACUCCAGGUCGACGUCAUUGCCGACUCGUCUGACCUCGAGUCUCUCAACUUCCAGUUCGACAAGGAGGACAUUGAAGAGUCACACGAGAUCUUUCACCAUGACAAUAGAUUAAGUUCCAGUCUUAAUGCCCGUUUGAUUGCCAUGAUAUCCUUGGUCGGGGUCAUUGGAACUGGGUUGUUUCUUUCUUCGGGAGGCACCUUGGCCACAGCAGGCCCCGUUGGCAUGAUCAUUGCCUACAUUUUUGUCGGUACAGUGGUUGCUGCGUCGCAGAUUUGUGUAACGGAGACCUCGUGCUUGUACCCAGCCACUAGCUCCUACGUUGCCCAUGCUGAGCACUUUGUUGACAAGGCGCUAGGUUUCGUCAUGGGUAUUUGCGACAUCUACUCCACCAUUAUUCCAAACGAGUUGGCUGCCGUCAGUGUCAUUAUGACCUACUGGACCGAUCUCAACCCGGCAAUCUUUAUCACUAUUUUUGGUUUGGUCAUUGUUGCUGUGAAUUCGUACAAUGUCAAAUGGUACGGUGAGAUUGAGUUUUUCUUUGGUUUGCUCAAGAUUAGCUUGUGCGCCGGUUUGAUUCUCCUUGGUUUGAUCAUCGACUUGGGCGGAGUGCCUGGCCAACACAGAUUGGGCUUCCAAUACUGGAAAAACCCGGGUCCUUUUGCUGAAAAGUACACCACUGGUUCUUUGGGGAAAUUUUUGGGUUUCUGGAAGUCGGUCAACUCGAUUGUUUACGCUUUCGGUGGAAUCCAGGCAAUCACCUUGCUUGCUGGAGAAACCGAGUAUCCAAGAAGAUCGAUCCAUCGUGCAGCAAAGAGGGUGUUUUACCGAGUAUUUUCUCUUUACAUCAUCAUGAUCUUUAUUCUUUCAAUGAUUGUUUCACACACGGAUAAAGGGAUCGCAAAGCCAAACGGGACUGCUUCUGGCUCGCCCUGGGUGAGAGCUGUCAAGUUGGCCGGGAUCAAGGUCUUGCCACACAUUGUCAAUGCCGUUGUUCUCACUUCGGCUUUGAGUGCCGCCAAUCUCCAGAUUGUCAAGGCCAGUAGAACAAUCUUUGUCUUGUCCUCGAAGAAGCAGUUGCCCAAGAUCUUCUUGAAGGUGAACAAGCAUGGCUUGCCAUACGUUGCGGUGGGCUUUGCCUGCUGCUUCAUCCCAUUGGCUUACAUGACUUCGAGCAAAGCCGCCUCAACGGUGUUUUCCUGGUUCCAAAACAUCACUUCGUCCAACAUCCUUUUCAACUGGAUUGUCAUUGCAGUGAACCAUAUUGCCAUGAGCAGAGCUUUGAAAGCACAGGGAUACUCGAGAAAGGACUUGCCCUAUUCGUUUGCCAUUGGCAAGUGGUGUGGCUACUACUCCUUAUUCUUCUCGGUCAUUUUCUUGUUGACGGGAGGUUUCCCCACUUUUAUCCACGGCCAAUGGGACUUUGCCACCUUCUUUAGUGCCUACUUUAUCAUCCCAUUGGCAUUGGCUUUGUUUGUCUUUGCCAAGUUGGUAUUCAGAACAAGCUACAUCAAGCCCAGCGAAGCCAAGUUGAGACCGUUGUUUUAUGACGUUACCGCUAAACCAGAACCCCCAUACAAAAAGCUCAAGGGAUGGGAGUGGCUUACUUUAUUGUGGGCCUAG